AUGACUCUCGCCCAACGCAUUACCGUACUUCUUGUGAUGUUUCGCUUGUCCCGUAAGCGCAUUGAGCGGUGUUAUGAUACCAAUACGUGUCGACAGUGGUCGCAAAUGCCAAAUCGUCAGCGUUAUCGCAACACCUUCAAGAUUCACUUAUCUACUGAUCAGUUAGUGCGAGUGAUGGCCAUCGAAAGCUCUUUGCUCUGCCGGAUGGAGCUCUCCGUCUGA